GACUCCGGUCUAUAGAUAUCCUGUUUCUCUUAUUUGAGUUUGUACUGAAAAAAAUGUAUCCGCAUAAAAAUCAGCUUUCAUCAGAUGUCUACAGAUAAAACGCGAACGAGUUUGCAAUAAAAUGUGUAUGACUCGUAAAUAUUUAUAGAACUUCUAAAAGUAAGUCUACGACUCGAGUAACUCACGUAAAAUUUGUAAUGAAAAUACAAAAUGUCACCAAAGCCCGAGUAUAUCAGUUGAUAUUUACACUCUUUUUCAUUACUUUUCAAAGACACUACUUCCUUCAGAUGCAACAUCAACUCAUUACCCAAGAUGCAAAGUUUCCGUUUUAAUUAAAGAUAUUCAGUGAAAACCCGCCCCAAAGCCUUAACUCAGUGAAUCGUGGUUGGCUUCUUUUUUUUCGACACUCAUUCCCGCCUCUGCGACCCUCCCAAACAAACAACGAAGUACUACGAAAACAAAAUCUAACACAAGUAAAAAUGAACUUUUUUACAUCUCGAUAAGUUCCUUCUUUCCUUAUCAAAAAAUUUGCUUAAAGCUCUUUUGCUUCUGAGUGGGACCUUUCAGUUCAUUUCGUGAAAGUGGAGACAGGCUGGCAAGUUAGUUGACCGCGAGCAUUCGCGCGGGUAGCUGUGUUUGGGGAAAGCUCUCGCUUGUCGGUUAAAAAUUACGGAAAACUUUUUCGUGAGUGUAAUCUGAAGGUGAAAGUGAGAAUUUUUGAUUUUGCGAAGUGAAUAUUGAGUGUGUGCUUGUUUAUAAGGCCCCAGACCCGAUGCUGACGUGACCACAAGCACCAUGCACCAAUGCUCGCUCUUCAUACUCACGCUUCUCUGUGUUUCAGUCAAAGAUAUAUCCGGAAGCUGGGAGGAAUGGUGGACAUACGAUGGAAUCUCUGGUCCUGGCUUCUGGGGUCUGAUCAACCCGCAGUGGAGCAUGUGCAAUAAGGGCCGGCGGCAGAGCCCCGUCAACAUAGAACCCGACAAGCUGCUGUUCGACCCCUGGCUCAGGGACAUACAGUUCGACAAGCAUAAGGUCAGCGGAGUUCUCCAAAACACUGGGCAGUCCCUCGUGUUCCGAGUGGAGAAGGACUCAAAGCACCAGGUCAACAUCAGCGGGGGGCCGCUCUCCUACCGAUACCAGUUCGAAGAGAUAUACUUCCACUAUGGGCUGGAGGAUAACCGAGGCUCAGAGCACCAAAUCGAUCACCAUACGUUUCCUGGAGAGAUUCAGCUAUACGGUUUCAACAAGGAGUUGUAUCACAACAUGUCCGAGGCGCAACACAAGUCGCAGGGCAUCGUGGGCAUCUCGCUCAUGGUUCAAAUCGGCGAACCGACUAAUAAAGAGCUCAGGUUAAUAACUAGUGCUUUCAACAGAGUUAAUUAUAGAGGUAGCUCGUUUUCUAUCAAGCAUCUGCCGCUGAGCUCGUUGCUUCCCAACACUCAGCAGUAUCUUACGUACGAAGGGUCGACCACGCACCCCGGCUGCUGGGAGACCGCCGUGUGGAUCAUCUUUAACAAGCCUAUUUAUAUCUCCAAGCAAGAGAUGUACGCACUCCGCCGCCUGAUGCAAGGCUCGGACAUAUCUCCAAAAGCCCCCCUCGGGAACAACGCGCGACCAACCCAGCCCCUCCACCACCGCACGGUCCGGACUAACAUCAACUUCAACAAGCAAGGGUCUCAGAUAAACAGCAACUGUCCCGACAUGUACCGGAAUAUGCAUUAUACAGCAACACAAUGGCCUCGUGAACAUAACCUUCGGUACAGGAGCGCGGAAGACUUAGCCAUGCUGCAGCCCAAUUAGAUCCUUACCUCAUUCUAAUAGAGUUUAUCUUUAAUUGAACCAAAAGGCACCAGUAGGGCUAAGAUGGUCGGCUCUUUAUCAUUUGUCACCAUGCCUGUUACGUUCUAACAAGUGUGUAAGCGCGAAAGUGACGGGCAUAGUGACAAGUGAUAAAAAUGAAACCAUGAUGCCACCGCAGUAGGGCUAAGAUGGUCGGCUCUUUAUCAUUUGUCACCAUGCCUGUCACGUUCUAACAAGUAUGUAAGCGCGAAAAUGACGGGCAUAUUGACAAGUGAUAAAAAUGGAACCACACUGUCACUGCAGUAGGGCUAAGAUGGUCGGCUCUUUUUCAUUUGUCAGCAUGCCUGUCACUUUCUAACAAGUAUGUAAGUGCGAAUGUGACGGGCAUAGUGACAAGCGAUAAAAAUGGAACCAUGCUGCCACUGCUGGUCGGUAAUAACCCUCUAUAAAAAGUCAUAAUUACAUAUGUCACAAUUACACAGUCGCCAUCAGAUACAUCGGAGCGGCCGAGGUGCUCAAAAAUAUCUAAACACGCACUCUAAGGCCUUGACAAUAGAAGCGUGUUCAGAUAUUUGUAAGCAUCUGGUCCGCUCCGAUAUAUCUGAUGGCGAAUGUACGAGUAUGUAGGUACGUCAUUGCUUUUUUUAAAGCUGUAAAUAGGAAUAUUUUAUAGAAUUUAGAUUCCAUUUGUAACUUUUUUCAAUACCUACAUAUAAAAAAAUAUUCAAAUAUAAUUUAUUAGGUCUGAGGUAAACUAUAUGCCAUCUGAAACACAAUGCCAGUAGGUGAAUUCUGCUUAAACCGUCACUGGUAACAGCUGAAGUUAACCUUUUAUCGCAUACGAAGCCAUAUAUGGCGGAUAUGAUAUUCAAUUCUAUUGACAGUUGUCAAUAUAGUAUUAUAUGGCUUCGUAACUUUAAAAGUUAUUAAAGGUCAAAUUUCAAAAAAAAAAAUUACGUGCGGUAAGGGGUUAAUAGUCUCCUAGCAGUGAAUACUAGUAGGUUUUUAAAACCGGUUAUUCCUAAGUUGUUAUAUUAUUGUUAUGUGCUAUUAUUGUAAUAUGUCAAUUGUGUAGACAAUAUCUUCCUGGAUAACAAACUAAGCAAUAUGAAAGUGUAACAAUGCUUUUAACUAUGGUUAGUACGCUGGAUCACAGAUAAAACUUUGGAGCAAUAGACUCACUUUACACGUUUUAUAUUUUAUUUUAUUAUCUUUAUUGGGGAAAAAACAGACAUAGGCAGAUGAUAUAAAAAAGGAUAUUGGUUUUUACAUUACAAGUGUAACCUGAGACAACUCCCACUAAGAUUUAUGAACGAAUAAUAUUCAAGUGGCACUGUCCUCGGAUUGAGGUUUAAAAUGUGAGAUAAAAUAGGUACUAAACUAAUAUGGGUACACUGAUGAUAAUAAUAGUAGUUACAGUACUGACAAGAUUCAAUAAUAUAACAAUCAAAAAGCGAAACAAGGGACUACAAUUUAUGAUGCCCUUAAAGUUAAUAAGUUGUAAUUGGAACGUCAUUAAUAAUUUGAUCCUUAAAACACGGUUGACAAACUGUUUGUUUUGUGUAAGUAAUUAAUACUACUCUUACUAUUCAUAGUUCGUUUCAAUUGCAUAUUCCAUCAUUUGACAAUCUAAAAAAUGACAGCUAGUCGCUCUUUUAUGUAAAUGAAAUGAAAUCGUCAAAUAUUCACGGUGCAAGCUGCCUUAAAUCCGUCACAAUUUCAUGCGAGAAUUAAUGCAUUUUAGACAUUUUAUUUCCCACGUAAAAUCAAGUGUAAAGUGAGCCUACUGUUCUGAAUGUUACUUGCGUAAAUGUAGUUGUAGAAGUAUGCCAUAAUCUUAUAAGUAUAAGUAUGUAUGUAUUACCUAACUGUAUAUAUGUAUAGGUGUUAUAUAGGCUAAUUAUACAUGGAAGUAUCGGAUUUCGUCCACAAUUUAAUUGUAUUUAUCCAAAACAUAAGUAUACAGGAAUAUUAUACCACAUAUAUGGGUAAGCUUUGGCAAAACUGUAAUUAUGAUAAUGCUUCAAAAGAUAUAACGCCAGUAGGCGUAAAUGUAAAUUUAAAAAUUUUGACACCAGACAAUCGAAUUGUAAUAUACUGCUAAAAAUACUUUAGUCGUGUAAGUAAUAUAUCUCAAUUUUGUAGAGAUAUGCGUAGAUGUGUCUUAAGGGAGCAAAUUAUACAUUCAUGCGAAAAUAUUAGAAUAUAAACGUAAACUGUGCUUCUAAUAGUGGUAUCUGUCAUCAAAUUUAAUGACUUAUUAUAAUUUCCUUAGUUUAUUUUAUCCAGAACCCUCGCCAUUUAAAUAAAAAUCAUAGUUUCAGUACGAUGUGUUAUUCAGACUAUUAUUCUCCAUAUUGCCUCGGGUGGCAAAGCAAUGUUUUAUAUAUUCGCGUGCGGCGCACAUCCACGAGACGGCAAGUUUUCGAAGUUAAAAAUGGCGGCCGCCGCAUACGUGGUUAUCGAAGAGCGUCCAUUUCCAGGCAUCUUGCCGCACGAGGGGAUAUAUAAAUCAGUGUUAUAUUUUGCUAAACUAUCUCAUUUACUAAGUAUAGGCAUUAAGCAAUAGGUAUGGUAAAAUAGAAAAAAAAAUAGACAUAAAAAAGCUUAUGAUUAGGUAACUAC